AUGAACAACAUUAAGCACAAUUUUAAUAUUAACCUAAAACUGGCAGGCAAAGAUUGUCUAUCAGCUUUCAUGAAGAGAAACUCGAUUAUUUCCAAGCGGAAAGCGCAAUUUACGAAUCCGGCGAGGGCACAAAAGUUAAAUAAAGUUAUAGUGGAUGACCAUUUUGCUAAAAUCAUUAAGCUUUACGAUCAGCUGGACCUAAAAAACCACCCCGAACGAAUAUAUAAUAUAGAUGAAAAGGGUUGCAGGCUGACAGUGUACCACCAACAAACUGUACUGGCACAAAAAGGGGCAAAAGGGGGUAAAAGGUUACAUCCAGAAUUAAAUGAUAACCUACCAGCAGGGACUCUUGCAGCUAAGUCAGCCAAAGGUUAUAUGGCUAAUGAAUUAUUUAAAGAUUUCCUAAAUCAUUUAGCCAAAUACAAAAGCCCCAGAAGAUGCCUUUUGAUCUUUGAUGGCGCAGCUUGCCAUUUGAACUUGUCAAUUGUCGACAUGAGAGAUUCGUUAGAAAUCGACUUGUAUUGUUUGCCGUCCAAUACAACUUAUGAAUUACAAUCCCUCGAUAAGUCUGUAUACCGCUCGUUCGAACAUCAUUCGGAUGCAGAACUCUUUAUCAUUUUUGGACCAAAAUCCAGGCAAAAAUCAAAGAGGAAUGCGCCUAAUGCCUCUUGCAAAGCAGCAAGUUCAAGAAAAGUGCCACGAACAAUUGAAGGUCAUCAUAUCCAAAAAGAAGCUAAAUGGUCUGAUAAGGAUGAGGUCCUUCCCGCAAAACUUAAAAACAAGUUAAAUGCCAAAUAUCACCAACUGUCAACAUCUAGACAAGCAGCUGAAAGGACGCCCAGCAAGUUUUGUAACGAAGCCCAUUCAUUUUCUUCAAAAAAUAUUGAAGAUGGGAAGAAACAUUUUUAUUCACUGGUCUCUUCGUCGGAUUCUUCUGAAGACAAAGUUGAUGAAGUGGGUGAAACUACUUUAGACACUUCUUUCCAUGAACUCUUGCCAAGUCCAAUAAAUCAAACUGAAAAGGCACACCCAAUUCGAAAAAAAGCAAUAAAUUACAUGGGAACUUUGGUUACUAAAGAUCUCUUUAAGGAAAGUAAAGGAAGCAAUGAAACAAUUAAUACUGGAAAAAGAGCUGAUUCCAAGCAGGUGAAGGCAAGUUGGUAUUGUCAUGCGUGUAUGGAAGAUAAAAUAGCUGAAUAUGCAGCAAUGCACAGAAUGUGGGAAAUGGUAUCAUGA